CGACCACUCACAAGAGCGCAGAUCACCAAGAUGGAAGUCCUACCGCCGUUUUCUCUCCCACGAACGACGAGAGGGACGAGAGGACCUUGUGUGAGUGAAGUGGAAGUGGAAGCGAGAACCUUGAAGCCAACACCCCCCCCCUCCCCCCAUGCCUCUUGGUGUGGUCUUGACCUGGCAACCGGGGACGAGUUGCUGCAAAGUUACUAGUGCGCCCAGACUUCUUGCCUGCUAGGGGAGCUGCUAGGCCAGGCCACUCAUUCAUUGCCCGUACUGCCAGGGCUUCAAUAAACUUAAGUACCCCAGGGGUCAUCACGCGGUUUCCUCCUGCUUCCCUUCCCUUCUCUUUUCCCUCCCGCCAUCACAACUUCUCCCUCCAGAGAUUUUCUUGUGCUUCCCACACACCCAACCACCUCGUGUCAGAGCAACGUCGCGUAAUAAUCACCCCCCCAAAGCGCACGCUCUCUGCCUUUUCUUGCUGUAUUUUUUUCAGUGAUACCCAAUACCCCUUUGUGUUUUUCUUCCCUUUUUCCAGAUACCCAUCCCUAUUUCACACUACCCAAGAUGUCCGACGAACAGAAGAACGUUGAGCUCCCCCAGGAGACUCAGCCUGUCACCACCGCCGACGUUCCCGCCGAGAUCAAGCCCCUCGAGGUUGUCCCCGUCACUGAGGCUCCCGUUGUUGUCGCCGACGCCGAGGCUGCGCCCGCUGCCGCUGCCACCGCUACUGAGGCUACCGAGGCCGAGGCCGCCCCCGCUGCUGCUGAGGACAAGAAGGAGGAGGAGGUCAAGCCCGUUGAGGAGGGCCAUCUUGAGCACAAGGGCCAGCCCGCCAACUUCCCCAAGAACCUUCUCUUCUCCAAGAAGUUCUUCUGGUUCGGAAACGAGGCCGUCGAUCUGAAGUCCAUCAGCAGCUUCAAGGCUGACAAGGCCGCCGAUGUUGCGCACCACGUUACCGCCUGGGCCGCCGAGACCGGCAAGGGUCUCCUCUUCUUCAGCGAGAAGUCUGACAAGGCCGCUCCCCACGGCGCCAUCCACCUCGCCGAUGCUUCUGAGCCCGCCACCGACGGUCCUACCAAGUUCCACUUCACUGCCAAGGGCCACAAGCACGCUUUCAAGGCUUCCAACACCGCUGAGCGCGACAACUGGGUCAGUCAGCUCAAGGUCAAGAUCGCCGAGGCCAAGGAGCUCGCCACCACCGUUGUUGAGAGCGAGACCUACAAGAAGACCAUUGAGACCCUCAAGCCUGCUGCUGUGAAGAAGGAGGAGAAGGCCCCCGAGGCCGCUGCCGCUACUGAGCCCGCCACUGAGGCUGCCGCUGAGACUCCUGCCACCGAGGAGACCCCUGCUGCCACUGAGGAGGUUGCUGCCACUGAGCCUGUCGCUAAGGAGGAGGCCAAGGAGGAGGGUUCCAAGCGCCGCUCUGCUAGCCGCAAGCGCACUUCGAUCUUCGGCAACCUUGGCUUUGGCAAGAAGGAAGAGAAGAAGCCCGUCACCGUUGAGGCUGUCCCCGAGCCCCAGGAGGGUGAGACCGAGGCUCCUGCUGCUGAGGCCGCCACCGAGGCCCCCGCCACCGAGGAGGCUGCUGCCACCACCGAGCCCGCUGUCACCGAGGCCCCCGCCACUGAGGAGGCUGCUGCCCCCGCUGAGGAGAAGAAGGAGGAGGCUGCUGAGACCCCCGUCAGGCCCACCCCUGCCAAGCGCACCAGCCUUUUCGGCAACCUUUCCUUCGGCAAGAAGAAGGCUGCCUCUCCUGCGCCCGUUGCUACCGAGGAGGCCCCUGCUGCUACCACUGAGCCCGUCGCCGAGACCGCUCCUGUGAUCCCUGCCGUUGACACCACUGAGCCCCUCUCUACCGAGGUCAACUCCCCCGCGACUGUCCCCACUGAGACCGUCGAGGUCCCCGCUGCCACUAACGGCGAGUCUUCUCCUAAGAAGGAGGUCAAGAGCGAUAAGCGCAAGAGCUCUCUUCCCUUUGCCUUUGGCAAGAAGGAGAAGGCCACCUCUGACGAGGAGAUUGAGAAGCCCAAGUCUCCCUCUCCCUUCUCUCGUCUCCGUGAUACGAUCAAGGGCAAGGGUAAGGGUAAGGCCGAGAAGGCUGACAAGGUUGAGGAGAAGACCGAGGAGGUUCCCGCCAUCCCCGAGACUGAGGUCGAGGCUGAGGCCGCCAAGGAGGAGGCUGCUCCUGCCGCCACCGAGGAGGUUGCUAAGCCCGCUACCGAGACUGAGGCCACCCCCGCCGCCCCGGCUACCGAGGAGACUGAGGCUGAGAAGCCUGCUGCCUCUGUCCCUGUGACUGCUGCCGCCUAGACAUCGGCACCGUCGGCGUCCGAACGGCCGCUUCGAGUUCGAUACACUAGGAUGGAUUGACACGAGGACUCCCUCAAAAUAAUUUAUUUUUUAAUAAUCACAACACAAACAAAACAAAUACCCUACCAUACUAAUUAAUCGCUGCGGGUUUGGUCGGAAUCGGGUCUGCAUUUCGAGAGAUACCCCUUUUGAGAUUGGUUUCUUCUGAUACCCUCAUGGAAAGAACAAGUAAGAGAGAGAGAAUAAGAGAGACAAACGGGCAUGGAAAGCUUUGCACUCGCGAGAGAUUUUUUGUCUUUGGUUCCAGUUUAGCAUCAUCUGUGUCUGCCUUUGUUUCUUACAGUAGUGUCCUUAUAGCCAAUCAACCAUACUACCAUUAUACCCAAGACCCUAUGCUAUAGAUUCGCCUGUCCUGCUGUCGCUGCAUGACCAUAGGAACAAUAAUCCGUAAAGUUUUCC